AAUCAGUGCCACGUUCCCAAUUUCAUUCUCUCUGUGAAUUGGAUGGGAAUUCAUUGUGAAUUCAWGGAAAUUCCCAACAAAUUCCCAAUUUGGGAAUCCGUUUUYYCCCCUGUGUUUGAAGGUUCUCCAUGCAGUUUUCCUCCCUCUGCAAAAAUCAACUUCUCAAUUCCAAUGAAUUGAAUUCAGUAAAUAAAUACAUAAAUAAGAUGCUUAGGUUCAUGUCAAACGUCAAAACUUCACGAGCYGAACCUAAUGACAUCAAAGAAGACAACCCUGUUAUCCAUUGUUUCGAUUAGGUUUGACUCAUGCGAAKUUUGGCCUAAGCCUUAAAGCAACUCAAUGCUUAAAAACUCUAAACGUUGGUCCAUAAACUAUAACAUCAUAAUUAUGCCAAUUUUUUUUUAUUUCAGUAGAUCCAGUAAUUUARUUUUCAAGUAAAGGAGUCAAAGAAAAGCAAUUGUUCAAGAGGCUGACAAGACAAGUCAGGGAAGUGAAUGAUUACAUGAACAAAAACAGUAGAAUCUUUAGCUUCAAGCAUUAUUUGAAUAAUGAGGGAAUUGCAAGCCCAGCUUUACGCAGAAGCCAAUUGGCUGCUGCACUGAGCAGAAGAGAAAUCCCUGCCACUAAUGCACCAUAUGAGCCAAUCACAGACCUUGGCCCACCUACAAUCACCAGUAGACCUGCCGUCAGACAAGAGAGGGAGAUUCACUCCACCCCACCACGCCCAUCAUCAGUGACAUCAUCCCGCCCAGGAUCUUCAGUAUCACAAGUUUACACUCGUCAAUCCAGUGCAAAGAGCACAUCGAGCAGUGGAACGUUGGAUAAGAAAAGAGAAAAACAAUUCCGGGACGCUGAUGAACUUGCUAAAGAAAAAUGGAUAGAAAAUGACCCGGACUUUGACAAGCUUUUCGUUCCUGAAGAGAUUGAACAAGAUGAUAUGGAGUUUAGGUUUCACGAUCCAUACCCUAGGACUUGGGUUGACGAAACUGUCGAGGAUGCAUGCUUUAGAGGUUCGAAGAAAGUGGACCCUUUCAUGCACCGACUUGAAGAGCUAGAGAACCUACAGGAAGAAACAGUUCUAUGGGAACAACUGAGGGAAGAGAAAAUCAAACAAGCUACCACAAAUUCAACAAACAAACAUGUUAACACUAGAAAUGGUAAGAAUACUAAAAUGGUGAGUUCUCGAGGGAGCUCGGCAAAGUAUCCCUCGUGGAGGGCAACACCAGGGACAUCACUGCAGAGAGCAAAAUCUUCAAUUAAUAGACUUAAAAGGACUUCCUCCGCUGGAAGAAGUAGUACUACUUCGAACCCUGUAUCUGGAUCCGAGGAGUCGGAUAUUACGACAUUUCGUAACAGUGGAUAUACUCUUGGGAUAUCUUUUGUUCCUGGGUCUAUGUACCCAGAGACGAUGAAGAGACAGAAAGAAAWGGUUGACAAUGGUGACAGAGUUGAAAACUCUAAAAGAAAAACUAAUGGGAGUGUGUCAUCUCUAAGUCAGCAUGACUCUACUCAAGAACAACUACAACAGCAACAAACGCCCAAAAUUCCACACUGUGAAGCAUGUCACCUUCGAAAAUCUGCUGGAAUAAGAAAGCAUAAUUGCAAAAAUAACAUCCCUACUUUACGAGCCAUGCGGUCGCAGUAUGCACUUAAAGCAGCAGAAUGCUACGAUAUUGUGGAUAUUGCAGAGACUUUUGAACCCCCAUGCAAAAAUACCCUAAAUAAGACUCAGCCUGAGCUAACAACAGCUGAAAAGGCAGCUAAGAAGGGCUUAGUUCCUGGAAAGAGCUUGCAUUCACAGCGACGUAUAUCACUAACGUCAGAAGGAAUGGCUGUUAGGGGUAUUAACCCGGCUCUAAAACUGUCAAGACCAAGUACUGGUAAACGCGUUAAGUCUUCUAAAGGUUCUAAGUAUAAAUAGGAUGAUAAAUGUGUGAAAUAAAGAAAAUUUUAUUUAUGA